GUAGCGAAGGUUUUAGUUUAUUUAAAUGGCGUCUAGAAGUUCACGAAGCUUUCGAGCUCGAAGAAAAGUUACUAUUAAUGUUGUUGGAGAAUACAAAAGAAAAGUUACAAAAAAUUGGUACGGUUCUAACAAUGCUGAAACUCAACCUUUAAAAAAAAACAAAGUUCUACAAAGAGAGGUUAUUCAAUCUUGGAUUGCAACAGAAAUUGAUAUGGAAGACUGUGGAAAUCAAAAAAAUGAUAAAGAAAGCGAUCUUGAAUGCUAUGUUUUAAUUUUGAAUGAUUGGUGGAAGUUAAGAAAAGAUAUUGAAACUACGACAAGCAAUCCAGAUAUAAACAUAGAACUAGAACGGCUUGAAAGAGAACUCAGUAUUAAAGAGAAGAAAUUAAAAAUAAAUGUUCGGUGGGAUCCAAUCAAUGCUUUUUUUAAGGACACCUUAGCAACUGUCUUUGAAAGAAAAAAGAAUAAUAUUAUGCUAAAAAUGCAAUCUUUUGCAUUUCAAAAGUUAUUUCUUGGUAAUUUGAAAAAAAAAUACGCAGACGGCCAGAAAAUUGCUAUAAAGCUUACUAAGCAGCUGAAUAAAAAUAAUAAGAGUUUGCAAGAUCUGAUCAAGGAGUAUAAUUCUAUAGUUUUAAUUUAUCCCAGCAAGUUUUUAAAAAAUGUAGUUGUUUGGGACGAGGUUGGUGAUUUGGAGAGUGUUUUUUGGAAAAAUUAUUGGACACAAAAAAGUUCCGAUUUCGCCAUCCCCGUAACAGUUAAACGAAAGUGUAUUGAGUUGUUCCAAUUGAACUGUAGAGCUAUCGAAGAAAUCGAAAUGGUUAAAAGCGAAAUGAAAAACGUAAUAAAUUUUAACCAAACUAAAAUAAAUGAAUUUAAGGAAGCUCUCACAUUACUUGAAGAUAAUACUGAAGAUAAUGGGUGGAAAGCAAGAUUACUGAAUGAAAUAGAUGCUUUAACUUUUAAAACAAAUUGUUUUUCUGAGGCUUUUUGUCCUUAUCUUAAUUCGGAUACUUCAAGUGAAAUAAAGACUCUGUUGUUAAACGACUUUGAAGAUGAAUUAAGUAGUGAAUCGGAUGAUAGUGAUUUAGAAUUUGAAUAAAUGUUUACCAUUAUAAUAAAACAUACUUUAUUUAUUUUAUAUUAUGUCGGAUGAAUGCAUAACACCGCGGGAGCCAAGCGGUGAUGACCUGCACAGUUUUAUAGCAAUAAAUUAAUUUUUUUUUUUUUGUUUAAA